UAUUUAUUGUUUUCUUUAUUUUUGUUGUUUUAUGACUGUAUCAUUACUGCUAAUGUGUUGUUGUUUUGUUGAAUAAUAAAAAAAAUAAUUCUGCUGUUACUUAUACGUGUGUGUGAAUACAACGAUUAUUUAUUGAGUUUAGGGAUAAGAAACUGCGUCAAUACCUCAUGGGGAACCGAUACCAGACGUUUCAUUAUCAUUAAAAGCACGUGCUAAGGUUCAGUAUUGCACUUCUUGAAACGAGAUCUGCAGAAAAACACAAGAAAUGUGAUAAGAUCAGUCCGAAAUCGAAAGUAAAACAUCGCCAUCAGAGCUUCAAACGGUCUUCUAACACACUCCUAGCCUGACUACGUCAGACUUCGUACUUCCGCUAAAUUUCAUUACGCUUCUGUCUAUGAAGCGAAGCAAAAUAGCAGAGGAUGGUAUUACCAGGCUAACACACUCCACCAUAGACAUCAUAUAAUGCACUCCACGAUAACAGCGCUCAAGAAGGCGAAGGUCUCUGGGUCACAGUACCCGAGCGAUGGCCAAUCAAAUAAUUGAAGGUGGGAGUUACUGUUCACAGAAGCCGAGUGGUGACCAAUCAAAUCAUUGAAGGCUGGAGUUACGGUUCACAGAAGCCGAGUGGUGGCCAACCAAUCAAAUCAUUAAAAAGAGUGCGAGAACUACGUCAAAGAGUAUAGAAGUACAAGAGGGGAAACUCUCAUUCGUUUUUGGCAACAGUCACUAGGUGGCGCUUCAGUAACGCGGCCGCCAUUUUGGAAUGAAAAUUCUCACAGCCAAUUAAUUCUCAAUUCAUUCUCAGCGAAUCUCACAGCCAAAUCAGAAGCGAAAUAUUGACUCUCGAUUCGCUUUCAUUCCAAAAUGGCGGAUUCGUGGGGCUGCUGCUGGGCGCUGGUGUUGCAAUGGAACGUUCUAAUGAGUUUCCCCUCUUGUACUUCUAUACUCUUUGACUACCUGAAGCCAUCAAUGACCACAUACACAACAGCUUAAUGUCUUUAAGGCACAGGCUCAGUUUCUCAUUAUGGAGUACAGAGAGAGCAUUGCUUCUGACAAGAGUCAGAAAACAUCCUCAGCAUCAUCAGAACUGAGUGUUGUGUCUUUGAAGAGUAACAACUCUAUGGGUCUCCCACCUAAACUCAGUGAUGGAGUGAUAACAUCUGACUCUCUAUCAGAAUGUCAUAGAGGAGCAUCUCCAGAACCCAGCGUUGUGUCUAUGAAGAGUAACAACUCUAUGGGUCUCCCACCUAAACUCAGUGAUGGAGCGAUAACAUCUGACUCUCUAUCAGAAAGAGGAGCAUCUCCAGAACCCAGCAUUGUGUCUAUGAAGAGUAACAACUCUAUGGGACUCCCACCUAAACUCAGUGAUGGAGCGAUAACAUCUGACUCUCUCUGUAGAUCAAACAUUAGAUAUAAACAUGAUGUGACUACAGAUCAUCUGCAUCAGGAUGUACCAGAUGAGGAUUUUCUUCAUAGAGUCAAAGACCAACACAAAACCAUCAUGAAGACCAAAUAUGAGAGUUUAUUCGAAGGAAUCAAACAACAAGAGAAUCAAACCCUCUUGAACAGGAUUUACACACAACUGUACAUCAUAGAGGGAGAAAGUGAAGGAGUGAAUGAAGAACAUGAGGUUUUACACAUGGAGAAAAACACAAGAACACAACACUUACAAGACACAACAAUCUACUGCAAUGACAUCUUUAAACCCUUACCUGAACCAGAAUAUAAAACUGAGAAAAGAAGAGAGAGGAAAGACAAAAUCAGGAGCGUUCUUACUAAAGGCAUCGCUGGAAUUGGAAAAACCGUCUCUGUGCAGAAGUUCAUUCUGGAUUGGGCCGAGGGAACGGCCAAUCAGGAUGUAGAUUUCAUGUUUGUGCUUCCUUUUCGAGAGCUGAACUUGAUUCAAGAUGAACAGUACAGUCUUCACAAACUUCUGCUUGACUUUCAUCCUGAACUUCAAGAUCUGGACUCAAAGAUUUAUGAUAAGUGUAAAGUUGUGUUCAUCUUUGAUGGUCUGGAUGAAAACAGAAUGACACUGAUGUUUUCAGAUGCUGAGAAAGUUUCUGAGGUGACUGAGACUUCAUCCGUCCCUGUGUUGAUAUCAAACCUCAUGAAAGGAGAUCUGCUUCCCUCUGCCCUCAUCUGGAUCACUUCCAGACCAGCAGCAGCCAAUCAGAUCCCAUUUACGUACAUCAACCGUGUGACAGAAAUCCAGGGAUUCAAUGAUCCUCAAAAGGAGGAAUAUUUCAGGAAGAGAAUCAGUGAUGAACAUCAAGCCAUCAGAAUCAUCUCACACAUUAAAAAAACAAGAAGUCUCCACAUCAUGUGUCACAUACCAGUCUUUUGUUGGAUCUCAUCCACUGUGCUUCAAAACAUCCUGAAACAAGACAACGGGGGUGCAGAAAUCCCUAAAACUCUGACUGAAAUGUACAUCCACUUCCUGCUCAUUCAGAUAAAUAUGAAGAAUCAGAAGUACAAUGAUAAAGAUCCAGGGAAACUCCUGCUGUCCAACAGAGAAGUGAUUGUCAAACUGUCUGAACUGGCUUAUAAACAGCUGAUGAAGGGUAAUGUGAUGUUUUAUGAGGAGGAGCUGAGAGAGAUAGACAUCACUGAUGCCUCAGUGUAUUCUGGGAUUUGUACUGAAAUAAUUAAAGAGGAAUCUGUCAUGCAUCAGAGGAAAAUCUACUGCUUCAUACAUCUCAGCUUUCAGGAGUUUCUGGCUGCUUUCUAUGUGUUGUACUGCUAUUUAAUGAAGAACGCAGAAUCGCUAAGGUCCAUUCUGAAGAAUAAAUGUGACUAUUUUAAGUACUUGCCUGAGGACAUCGCUCUAAAUCAACUACUAGAAUCAGCAGUAGAUGAAGCCCUUCGGAGUAAAAACGGACAUCUGGAUCUUUUCCUGCGAUUCCUGCUGGGAGUUUCAUUGGAGCCCAAUCAGAGACUCUUACAGGAACUCCUGACACACACGGUGGACAGCUCAGAGAGCAUCAAAAAAAUCACACAGUACCUAAAAGAUAAAAUUAAAUAUAACGAUGAUGAGCUCUUAGCUGACAGAUCCAUCAAUCUGUUUCUGUGUCUUCUUGAAGUGAAUGAUCAGACUCUGUACAGCGAGAUUGAGGAGUUUGUGAGAUCAGACAAACACUCAGAGAACUUACUCUCUACUGCUCACUGUUCAGCAAUAGCCUACAUGCUUCAGAUGUCAGAGGAGGUGCUGGAUGAGUUUGAUCUGAAGAAAUACAACACAACAGAGGAAGGGAGAAGAAGACUCGUACCAGCUGUCAGCAACUGCACAAGAGCUCUUCUACAGAACUGUAAUCUUACUGGUGAGUGUUGUGAAAGUUUGUCUUCAUUUCUACAAUCAUCAAACUCUCUGAGAGAGCUGGAUCUGAGUAAGAAUGACCUGCAGGAUGCAGGAGUGAAGCUCAUCUCUGAUGCUCUCAAGAGUCACAAAUGUGCACUACACAUACUGAGGUUGGCGAUCUGUAAUCUGACUGGUGAGUGUUGUGGAAGUUUGUCUUCAUGUUUACAAUCAUCAAAGUGUCUUCUGAGAGAGCUGGAUCUGAGUAACAAUGACCUACAGGAUUCAGGAGUGAUGCUCAUCUCUGAUGCUCUCAAGAGUCACAACUGUAAACUGGAGAUACUGAGAUUGUCCAUGUGUAAUCUGACUUCUGAGUGUUGUAAAAAUUUAUCUUCAUCUUUACAAUCCUUAAACUCAUCUGUGAGAGAUCUGGAUCUGAGUAACAAUGACCUGCAGGAUUCAGGAGUGAAGCUCAUCUCUGAUGCUCUCAAGAGUUCAGACUGUAAACUACACACACUGAGGUUAUCAGGUUGUAUGGUGACAGAUGAAGGUUGUUGUUAUUUGGCUUCAGCACUGAGUUCAAACCCAUCUUCACACCUGAGAGAGCUGGAUCUUAGCUACAAUCACCCACAACACUCAGGAGUUCAGAUGCUCUCUCAGAGACUCGACAAACUUAAUGUGGAUCAUGGAGGAAAGUUCAGAAUUUCAGCAGGACCACGCAAGUGGGUCUACAAUCUUACAAUGGAUCCAAACACAGCACACCCUCAUCUCAUGCUGUCUGAGGAGAACAGAAAGAUCACAAAUGUGAAAGAUCCUCAGCUGUAUCCUGAUCAUCCAGAGAGAUUUGAUGAGGAUCCUCAGGUUUUGUGUAGAGAGAGUCUUACUGGACGCUGUUAUUGGGAAGCUGAAUGGAGCAGGUCAAGGGUUUAUAUAUCAGUGGCAUAUAAAAGCAUUGACAGGAAAGGAACGACACUUAAAAGUACGUUUGGAUUUAAUGAAAAAUCAUGGACUCUGGAUUGCAGUGAUAACAAACUCACUGCCCGUCACAAUAAGGAAUCUACACUCAUACCCGUCCCUUCACCUCGAUCUAAUAGAGUAGGAGUUUAUCUUGACUGGUCUGCAGGCGUUCUGUCUUUCUACAGCGUCUCUGAUACACAAACACUUACACACUUACACACAUUCAACACAACAUUCACUGAACAUCUCUAUGCUGGAUUUAUGGUUUUUGAUUCAAACUCCUCAGUGUCUCUGUGUGACACACAUAUAAACACCGUUACAGACUGAA